AUGCCUCUCGUCGUGCCUGGUAUCAAUUCCAACAUGGGCGAUAAGUCCGAGUGGGUCAACAAGCUGAUGGGGAAGAAGAUCACCGACGGGGGCAGUAAUGAGCUGUCAUUCGCCAAAAAGGACCUGCCUGAAUCCCACCGCGUAUUGAAGCCGGAUGACAUGAAGUCGAUGGACCACAACCCCGAUAGUGGCUGGUGGCUGGUGGCUGACCAAGCCUAUGAAAUAUCCAGAUUGAACGUCCACCUUGAUCACGAUGGUACCGUCCGAGAUGUGACAUACGGUUAA